AUGGCGCCAAGCAAGAGGGGUUGGCAGAUGAUUGAGAUCGUUUCGGUCUUGGUCGCUCUGUGCCUGAUCUCGCUGGUGCUGCGUGUCUUUGCUCGCAUUCGCAGGAGAGUCGGGUUCGGCGUCGAUGAUUAUCUGAGCAUGCUGUCCAUGGUGCUCCUCAUUGGCAUGUUGAUCGAGCUGAUUCUUUGGUGUACAAUCGGAGGCAAUGGAGUCCAUAUCGCGGAUCUCUCCCCCGAUACCCUCGUGAACUACUGGAAGAUCUUCCUCGCCAACCAAUUCACGUACUUCCUACUCAGCCCUUCUAUCAAAAUCUCCAUCAUCUGCUUCUACCGCCGCAUCUUCGCAACCCCAAAGUUCCAAAAAGUCAGCUUCGGCAUAAACUGCCUAAUCGCCGCAUGGGGCACAGGAAUCUUCCUCGCGUGCGCCGGACAAUGUCGACCCUUACGCUCCUACUGGGACCACAGCACGAAAGGAACAUGUUUCAACGCGAAAGAAUUCAUCGUCGUCAACCAAGCCUUCAACGUAGUCAUGGACUUCGUGAUCCUCGUCCUGCCCAUCCCAAUGAUCUGGAACCUGCACCGCGCAUGGCAAGACAAGCUCGCCCUAAACGGGGUAUUCGCCCUCGGCACCUUCGUCUGCUUCGCCAGCAUCUACCGCAUCGUCGUGCUCUUCUGGAUCAGCCCGUCCGACCCAACCUUCACCGUCUACCAGGCGACGCUGUGGACGCACAUCGAGCCUGCCGUUGGUCUGAUCUGCUCCAACUUGCCGAUUAUCCGCGGUCUGUUCCCGGCGUUUAAGCUGACCACCUCGCGUAAUGGAACGGGUCCGGCGUAUAUCAAUACCGAUUACACGAAUUCUUUGUUCUUGUCGAAUUCUGGUCCGCGCUCGCCCGAUCUCGAGUAUGCUAAGAUGUAUAAUGCGCAGAUCGAGAGCAAGCCGCCUGGUUACCUUGGUGAUGAUAUCCAUCCGCAGACGAUUAAUGUUCAGACGGAUAUUUCUAUCAUCCCGGGGAAUGAUUCUACUACGAGGCUGAACCACUGA